AUGUUUGUAGAGGAACCCUCGACUUUAACGUUAAGAACCGCCCCGCGCACGCCAGCUGCUCCGAGGGCCCCAGUUCUUCGACGCCACGGACCCCCGAGUGACGUCAAGGAGACCCUCGGCGGCCCGUCAUUUCCCGGGAAAUGCCUCGUCGUCCAGUGUGGGUGCAGGUCCGCACUUCUCAGCUGCGCGAGGAGCCACGCGUCCCGGAACUUGAUGUCCUGUAAUUUUACUUCUGCGUUAUUAGAAAGGCCUCCGCAUUCGGGGAGCCCCGGAGAGCCCCGGAGAGCCGCCUUCCCGGGCUGGACGCGCGCUCUGACGGCGGGGCCAGCGCCGCUGCGGUUCUGGCCGCUGCCCCGGCUGCCGCUGGGCGACACCGCAGAGCCGGGCUGGAGCAGCGCUCGGAGCCUGCGCCCGCCGCGGAGGGGGAGGCAACGAGCCGAGGCCGGGAGCCUUGCGAACCCCAGCAAGAGCUGGGAGAGCGAAGGGGAGCGCGACCUGAGCCAACAAUCCGGCCGAGCGGAGGCGGAGGAAAUGUCAUCGCUGGUGAAGGAGGACUUGGAGAAGAAGCUGUUCAAGCCGCUCUCGCAGAAUCUGUACGAGUUCAUAGAGAUAGAGUUCUCGGUGCAGGACAGGUACUACCUCUGCGUGUCAGUGACGAAAAAUGAAGAAGUUAAAAUAAUUAUGGUGAAACACUACAGAAUAGGUUUAGAUGAAAAAUAUGAAGUAACAAAAAAGUGGUCUUUGAACGAUCUGCAGAUGAUUGAUGGAAAAGAAGCAGAUACUGACAAUCCAUUUUUUGAUCUGCACUUCAAGAAAGUAUACAGUUUAGAAGCAUAUAGUUGUGCUUCUAAAUACGCCUUUGCUCGAACUGUAAAUAAACUAAAUCAUGCCUAUCUUAAGAAAGAUUUACAGAUUGUGAACUUUGAUUCUACUUACAUUAAUGAUGAUUCGAUUUGGUCCUCCAAUAACAAGGAUUGCUUGGUCCUCAUGAGAAUAUGCUUUUACGCUUUCAAUCUUGUGUGUUUGUCCCUAUGUCCCCUGCCACUCUGAAGAUAUAUUCCAUAUUCCUUCAUCUGCACCCUAAAAAAAUAAUUCCCCAAGUAAAUACUGAUGGUCAAAAUGGUUUUCCUUCAUCUGUAGCAAUUAUUUAUAUGAAAAUAAAGUGAUAC